GGUCUCUCGCUGCCUUGGCUCUUUCUGCUUGGGAGGACCGCCGAGCCGCUCGCAGAGACGGGCGCCCGUCUGUAGGACCGCGACCCUGAGCCCGCCGGUGUAGACGUUCCAUGUGUCAUUUGUCUCCAUAAAUCAUCAUUCCUUGUAUCCCACCGAAGCAUCACAGUCCAUCCGACCCACCACGGCAUCAGCAUGGCCAUCUCAUCACGCCUCGCACUGUGGGAGCAAAAGAUCCGGGAAGAGGACCGGAGCCCGCCACCUUCCUCGCCCCCUCUGCUCUUCUCCGUGAUUCCCGGGGGGUUCAUCAAGCAGCUGGUUCGGGAGACGGAGAAGGAGUCGAAGGGAGUCAAACUGAAAGAGAAAAUCCAGCUGCAUGAGCAGGAGGAUCCCCUGGGGAAGUGCGACGACAGCUCAGCGCAGCCGCUGGCUCGCCAGGCCCGGGACAUCCUGGAGGUCGGAGGGACGAUGGGGAGCAAAGGAGAAGUGCUGCAGAACGGCCUGAAUGGGGAGAAGCACGAGGAGGGGGUGGCCGCUCCGCUCCCCCCCAGGAAGACGGUGCCCUUCAAGAGAGCUGUGGGGAGGGCCAGCCUCAAGAAACCCACCCCUCCUGCGUCCGAGACGGCUCAGCCUGGGAAGGCCCCAGGCCAGGAGCACCAGAGCAAAGGGGACAGCCCCCUGGCCGCUGCGCAGAGACCGGGCAGGGGGCUUCAGUGCUGCCCCGAAGGGCUGGGGAAAGAAGGGGAGGCACCGGGGAAGAAAGGCCUUGAGACCGCGAGGAAAGAGAAGAAGCCGCCCCGGACCAAGGCAGGGGUCAAGAAGGAGCCGGGAGGGGUCAAGAAGGAGAUGGAAGAAGUUAAGAAAGGGGCUGGGGAAAGCAAGAAGGAAGCGGGCGUCAGGAAAGGGCCGGGGGAGCGCGGGGAGGAAGCAGGAGGCGACGAGGAGUGGGAGCUGAGCAAGGAGGACGCGGAGGAGGUCGCACAGGAGCCCGGGGCAGGCAGGAUGGACAUCCAAGAGGAUCCCAAAAAGGUCGAGGGAGAAGCAGAGGAGACGGAGGAGCCUGGAGCCAGCCCGGACUCCGACGCGGCGAAGGCUCGUGACGACGUGUGGUACGAAACGGAGAAAGUCUGGCUCAUCCGGAAAGACGGAUUCACGCUUGCCACGCAACUGAAGCCGGACGUGGGGACCCCGGAGCUGCCGGCGGGGAGGGUGAGGGUGCGCGUGGAAGCUGACAGCACGGUCAUCGAGGUGGAUGAGGAGCACGUGCACCGGACCAACCCCUCCAGCCUGGAUUUUGCAGAGGACGUGGCGGCGCUGAUCAGCCCGAACGAAUCGAGCGUCAUCAACACGCUGCAGCACCGGUACCGGUCUCAGCUCAGCUGCACGUACGCGGGACCCAGCCUGGUCACCAUCAAGCCCAGCGCGGCCGGCGCCAGCUGCUCUGCAAAGGUGUUCAAGGGCAAGCGGGACAGCAUGCCCCCUCACGUCUGCUCCGUGGCGCAGAGGGCCUACUGGAACCUGCUCACGCAGCGCCAGGACCAGACCCUCCUGCCCCUGGGGAGAAGCGGUGCGGGGAAGACGACCUGCUGCCAGAGCGCCUUGGAGUACCUGGUGGGCACUGCCGGCAGCGUGGACAACAGGGUCUCAGUGGAGAAGAUCCAGGCCAUGUUCACAAUCCUCAAAGCCUUUGGUUCAGUGACCACCCAACACCACUGCCACUCCACUCGGUUCUCCAUGGUCAUGUCGCUGGACUUCAAUGCCACGGGCCGGAUCACUGCUGCUCACCUCCAGACCCUGUUGCUGGAGCGGGUCCGUGUCGCACGGCAGCCUGAUGGAGAAGGCAACUUCAGUGUCUUUCCCCAGAUGCUGGCCGGCCUGGACGUCACUCAGAGGACGAUGCUGCACUUGCACCAGAUGCCUGAGAGCAACUCCUUUGGAAUCGGACCGGUCUCAAAGGCUGAAGAUAAGCAGAAGGCUUCUGCAUCCUUCGCCCAGCUUCAAGUUGCUAUGGAGACUUUGGGAAUCACGGCGGAGGAGCAGAAAGCCGUUUGGCGUGUGCUAGCUGGGAUCUAUCACCUCGGAGCUGCAGGGGCCUGUAAAGUCGGCAGGAAGCAGUUCAUGACAUUUGAGUCGGCUAAUAACGCCGCAGAAGUGCUGGGCUGCGACUACGAGGAGCUGGCGACGGCAGUCUUCAAGCACCAUCUCAAACAGAUCAUCGAGCAGGUCACGUCCGGGGGGAGUCGGCCAAGCCCGGCUGAGGACAAGAGCCCUGGCCCCAAAAUGACGGGUGUGGAGUGCGUGGAGGGGAUGGCUUCAGGCCUUUACGAAGAGCUGUUCGCUGUAAUUGUCUCGCUGAUCAACAGGUCUUUUGCAUCCAGUCACCUCUCCAUGGCUUCCAUCAUGGUGGUGGACACCCCCGGUUUCCAUAACCCUCGGCACCAGAAGCAGGAACGAGCCGCUACGUUUGAAGAGCUGUGUCACAACUACGUGCACGAGCAGCUCCAGGCGCUGUUCUACAAGAGGACGUUUGAGGCUGAGCUGGAGCGGUACAGAGAGGAAAACGUGGAGGUGCCUUUUGAUCUGCCGGAGCAAUCUCCGCUGGCCACGCUGUCUGUUGUCGAUCAGAACGCGUCCCAGCUGCACGUGACACCCGGGGGCCAGGCAGAUGACCCGAAAGGCUUGUUCUGGAUCCUGGAUGAGGAGGUGCUGAUCCAGGGCUCCGGCGACAGUGUCGUGCUGGACCGCCUCUGCUCCUACUUUGCUGCUAAGGGAACCCAGAAGGAGGAGGACGGCGUCCUUCGCAAGUGCGAGCAAGCGCUGCAGUUCGAGAUCUCCCACCAGCUGGGCCAGGACCCCGUUCGCUACGACCUCGCCGGCUGGGUGAGCAAAGCCAAGCCCAACCUGUCUGCGCAGAACGCCAUCCAGGUCCUGCAGCAGUCCCGAGCCAAUGAUGUGAGGAAUCUCUUCCAGCCUCGGUCCAAAAUGCCCCAGAUUUGCCAGUCGGUGGCAGGCCUGGAGGGAUAUUCCCAGCAAGCUUUGCAGCGCAUCGGCUGCGUGAGGAAGACCUUCGCCAGCAGCUUUGCGGCGGUGAAGAGGAAAUCCGUCUGCGCGCAGAUCAAACUCCAGAUGGAUGCGCUCGCAAACCUGGUGAAGAGGUCCCAGGUGCAUUUUAUCCAUUGCCUUGUUCCACGAGCGGGCGCGGAUGUGGCGACCUCCCAGCCUGGCGUCCCAGGGGAAGGAGACCUAGCUUUGGAUGUACCCACCUUAAGAGUCCAGCUGUGUGGGGCCCAGCUCCUGGAUGCGCUACGUCUGUACAGGAUAGGCUACAUGGACCGCAUGCUGCUGACCCAGUUCCGGCGGCGCUUCCAGGUGUUGGCUCAGCCGGUCAUGAAGAAAUAUACCUCUGCCUACGAGAUCCCAGACGAGAACAAGGCGAUAGAAGAGCUCUUCCAGGCCCUCGAUCUGGAAAAGAGAAGCAUUGCCGUGGGUCGCAGCCAGGUUUUCCUGAAGCCUGGCGUGGUCUCCAGGCUGGAGAAACAGCGGGACAAGCUGAUCUCCCCCAUGGUGGUGCUUCUCCAGGCUGCCUGCAAGGGCUUCCUCUCCCGUCAGAAGUUCAAGAGGUUGAAGAUCCAGCGCCUGGCCAUGCGGUGCAUCCAGAAGAACCUGGCGGCGUACCGGGUGGUGAAGGAGUGGCCCUGGUGGCAGCUGCUGUGUUGCCUUCGGCCCAUGCUUACCACGCACGUAACAGAGGACCAGCUGCGGGCCAAGGAGGAGGAGCUUGCGGUGCUGAGAAGAAAGCUAGAAAUGUCUGAGCAGUCACGGCAUGAACUCAGGCAGAGCACAGAGGGGCUGGAAAGCAAGGUCUUGGACUUGACGGCUGAGCUCAUGGACGAGCGGUACAAAGGCGAAGCGUCCUGCCAGGUCUUGGAAGCAGAGCGGGCCGAGCGGCUGCGGGGGGCCCGGGAGCUGCGAGAGCUGCAGAGCAAGUACGAGCAAGUGCAGAAGAAACUGGAGUCGGUGGAAAAGCAGCUGGAAGAGACGCAGCAGCAGGUCCAGCUGCGAGAGCUGGGCAUCGCUGGUGCUGGAGGUGAAGAGGAGUGGCAGAUGCGGUUUGACUGCGCGCAGACGGAGAUCGCGUUCCUCCGAAAGCGCCUCGCGCAGCUGGAGGAGAGGCUGGAGUCUGAGCUGAGCUCCAAGAAAGAGCUGGAGCAGAAGCUCGGCGAGGUGGAGAGCGCCUAUGAAGGGGCCAAGAAGGUGGCGCAGCAGAUGAGGAGGAAAUGCAAGCGGCUGACCUGCGACCUGGAGGACACGCGGGUGCUGAUGGAGAGCCAGCAGAGCCGCAGCCACGAGCUGGAGAAGAAGCAGAAAAAGUUUGACAUGCAGUUAGCCCAAGCCCUGGGAGAGUCGGCCUUUGAGAAGAGCCUUCGGGAAAAAACAACCCAGGAAAACACUGCCGUCAGAUGGGAGAUGGGGAAACUUCAGCAGAGGUUAGAGCAAAAGGAGCUGGAAACCUCCGGCCUGAGCCAGCGGGUCUCCGUGCUGUCCUCGCGCGUGCAGGAGCUCACCUCCGCCGAGGUCCUGGAUGGGAACGCGGUGCCUGCCCUGAAGAAGAGGCUCUGGGACCUGGAGGCCAGCGCUGCCGAGCAGCAGAAAGAGCUGAAGCACCAAGCAACCACGAUCGAGCAGCUGGAGCAGCUCCACCUCCGGCUUGAGAUGGAGAUCGAGCGAAUGAAGCAGAUGCAGCAGAAGGAGCUGGAAGACAAGGACGAGGAGCUGGAGGAUGUUCGCCAGUCCUGCCAGAGGAGGCUCCGGCAGCUGGAGAUGCAGCUGGAGCAGGAGUUCGAGGAGAAGCAGAUGGUCCUCCACGAGAAGCAGGAUCUGGAAGGGCUUGUCGGCACCCUCUGCGAGCAGAUUGGGCACCGGGACUUCGAUGUAGAGAAGCGGCUCCGGCGGGACCUCAAGAGGACGCAUGCUUUGCUUGCAGACGUGCAGCUUCUGCUGGCGACCGCGGGAGAUCCCAGUCCGUCCAUCAGCAAAGAGGAAGCGGAGAAACUUCGCAGUCAGUGGGAAGAGAGCGAAGCCAAAUGCGCGGAGGCCCAGACGUCCCAGAAGGCGAUGGCCGUGGAGCUGGAGACCCUGCACGUGGAGCUGGAGACCAUCAGCAGGAACAAGAACCUGGUCGACGAGCAGCUAUACCAGCUGCAGCACGAGAAAGCCGAUCUCCUGAAACGCAUCGACGAGGACCAGGAGGAUCUCAACGAGCUCAUGGCGAAGCACAAGGCUCUGAUUGCCCAGUCUGCAACGGACAUUGCUCAGAUUCGAGAGCUGCAGACGCAGCUGGAGGAAGUGAAGAAAGAGAAGCAAAGUCUGCAGGAGAAACUGCAGGUGGCUCAGGCCAGGAUGGCGUACCUGGAACAGGCGAUGGUCGAGCGGUCCAUCGUCAGCCGGCAGGAGGCGCUGAUCUGUGACCUGGAGAACAAGCUGCAGUUCCAGAACGUGCAGAUCAAGCGCUUUGAGAUGCUCGUGCUGCGUUUGCGGGACAGCGUGAUCAGGAUGGGCGAGGAGCUGGAGAAGGCGGCCGAUUCGGAAGCCCAGGAGAAGGAGAACGCCAAGUACUACCAGACGCGCAUGGAGGAGAUGAAGGCGGACAUGAGCGAGCUGGCGCAGCGAGAGCUGGAAGCCAGUCGCAGGCGGGUGGAGCUGGAGAAGCAAGUGGACGAGCUUUCGGCCGUGCGGCAGACUUUGCAAGCGGACCUGGAGACGUCCAUCCGGCGCAUCGCGGAUCUGCAGGUGGCCCUGGAGGAGGUGCAGUCCAGCGACGAGAGCGACGCGGAGAGUGUCCAGACAGCUCUGGAGUCGCUCGGCUCGAGAAGGGAGACGGACGCCCAGUCUAGCGUGGGCUCCACCCUAAGUCUGGAGCCGGGAGAAAGCAUCAAAUCGUGGCUGGGGUCAGCAGCCGGCUGGUCAUCGCCUACGAGCACCAGCGUGGCGGGAAGUCUGUCGAGACAGUCCGUAGGCAGCCGCGGCGCCCAGAGCCUGAGGAUGAACAGAGAUGUCACGGACCAGGAACCCACCCGGCCGGCGUCUUCACUCAGUGCUCGAAGAGGGCAAUAUGGAAGAGCUGGCGCUGAGGCCGACUUUGGAAAGAGCGCAAGUCCUUUACUGGGUGUCCGGAGGUUGGAGUAUGGGAAAUCCCCCAUGGACAAGGAGGAGAUGAAAACCGUGGAUAAAGUCAGAGCCGUUUCUCCAUCCGUGAUGAGGAGGAGGAUGUCUCCUGCGGAGGAAGAGAAGCUCCCAAGUUCUUCCUCUGCCCUUUCUGAAUACGUAGAGGAGCUGCGGAGGAAAAGGGCCAUGGAGAAAGAGGGGACGUUGGGGCUGGGAGACGCCUCGCCCCUGCCAAUCUACCAAACGACGGGCGCGUCCUCCCUGAGAAGGUGCCGGACGUUCAAAGAGGAGGUGGAUUUCCCCAUAAAGCUUGGGGUGGACGAACUUGCAGGACGUGAAGAUGGGGAUGGAAGAGGCGGCCUCGUGCGUUCAUCCAGCUUGAAGUGUGUGGCCUUGGAGAUCCCGGAGCCCGCGCGCUCUCCCGCUCUGCGAAGAGCGUCUAAGUUUGGCUCCUACGACUCGCUCUUACAGGAUGUCGAUCGUUCCUGCCUGCCGCUGAGCGCGCCGACAGCAGGAGCAGACGCGCUCGGCGCGGCGAGGAUUAAGCCGUGGAGAAGCCGCCUGGAGCCCUCGUUAGAAGAAGCAAGCGAUGCCGAUCUGGGGAAAGAUCCCCUGGUAUUUCAGAGCAGGCGAUUCGGCGAUGCCCUGGAGGAAGGGAAGGAGAGAGAUCCAUUCGCCUGGAAAAUCCCGACUCUCAACUAUGAGAGGAAAACGAACGUGGAUUUUGACGAUUUCCUGCCAGCUGUUCCAAAGUGCCAGGCGCCGAGCAGCCUCUCCAGGCCAGUUAGGGACAGGAAAGACAGCCCGAGGCCACUGAGCGUGCAUUUCGAAGACCAGCUGAUAGCUGGCAGUGCUGCCCCCUCCGAGCUAAAGACCGUUUUGAGGCAAAGUCCAAACCCCAAAGAGGUCCCCGGAAACCUCUCCGACUCCGACUCCUCAAGCUCGAUUAUGUCCUGCAAGAGUGCUGACAGUGUCAAGAGUCGGCCGAGGAGUCAAAGAGCAGAAGGCGACGGGUGUGCUGGGAAAGCAGCCCUCCACGGCGCUGGAGAAGACAAGUGCUUGGAAGCCGAAGGGAAAGAGGACGAUAUAAAUAGUAUUAUGAUGAAAUAUCUAGGAAAAGACUAAGCCUUUAUUUUCAUAAGCUGUCGUAAGCGGCCGCUGUAAGCUAUAAAAGCCAGGAACAGCAACCAGCCAAGAAACCCUGUCGCUGUCCUGGACCGGAGAGCGGGAGGACACCUAUUCGUGGAAAUGGAGGAACUGCUGAUUGCCCGGUAUUUGCAGGGGGAGAUGCGGAUGUGGCUUGUGUGGCUCCCUCCUGUCUGGAGCACGCGGCGAGGCCGGAGCAAAGGCGCGAUGACGUGAGAGACAAAGCUAGAGCCGGCGCUGGGAUGGGGAGCUGUGGCCUGACCUCGGAGGGGUUUAUACAGAAUAAAACAUUUGCUUUCUUUGA